AUGGAUCUGCUCAAGUCAAUCCUGCCGCCCGCCAAUGGCAUCCUCCCCUACUACAUGCUCAUUCUCUCCGUCGUAUCCAUCGGCAACUCCCUCCAAGCCUACACGACCCUGCACUUUUCACGGCGCGUCUACAACGGCCGCUUCAUCCGAAACCCCAAGCUGCCCCCCGCGUCUGCCAACUUCAACCCCGAAGACUCGGCCAACAAACUGGUCCAUGCCCAGAACGACCCCAAGGCUGCGGACCAGCUGACGCCCCUCGCCGGAAGGCUGUUCGGGACGUGGACAAUCAUCACCUCCAUCGUUCGAUGCUAUGCGGCGUACCACCUGAACAGUGGGCCGAUGUACAAUAUUGCCAUCUGGACGUACGUGGUGGCACUAAGCCAUUUCGCCAGCGAGCUGUUUGUGUUUAAGAGCAUGACCUUUGGUCUUCCCCAGAUGUUUCCCUUUACGCUGGCUACGACGGCGCUCAUCUGGAUGCCCAUGGUUCGAAGCUACUAUGUCGAGUUUGAGUAA